UUCCGUAUAGAAAAUAGCCUACUGAGUUUCUGUGUCUUCCCUCUCUUGCUUGCUUUUUCUCCCUUCUCUGUAGUUCCAAAUCUUUGAUAUCACCAUGGGCAAUAUUCUUGGUCUUUUCAAGGGCCUGUUCGGCAAGAAAGAGAUGAGAAUACUUAUGGUGGGUCUUGAUGCCGCCGGAAAGACCACCAUCUUGUACAAGCUCAAAUUGGGCGAGAUCGUCACAACUAUCCCAACAAUAGGGUUUAAUGUAGAAACAGUUGAGUACAAGAACAUUAGCUUCACUGUUUGGGACGUAGGUGGUCAGGACAAGAUCAGACCUUUGUGGAGGCACUACUUUCAAAAUACACAAGGCCUCAUUUUUGUUGUGGACAGUAAUGACAGAGAGAGAAUAGGAGAAGCUAAAGAAGAGCUCUCCAGGAUGCUAAACGAGGAUGAGCUAAGGGACGCUCUCCUUCUUGUGUUUGCCAAUAAACAGGAUUUGCCUAAUGCGAUGAAUGCAGCUGAAAUAACGGAUAAGUUAGGUCUACAUAAUCUUCGCCAGAGGGACUGGUAUAUUCAAGCAACGUGCGCAACAAGUGGAGAUGGGCUCUAUGAGGGCUUAGAUUGGCUGACCGGCCAGUUGAAGAAGUCAAGCAAGAGACUUCUUUUUAGACCUGACCAACUCAACAUGGGCGGUUUUAUGAGUCUUUUCAAGGGCCUGUUCGGCAAGAAAGAGAUGAGAAUACUUAUGGUGGGUCUUGAUGCCGCCGGAAAGACCACCAUCUUGUACAAGCUCAAAUUGGGCGAGAUCGUCACAACUAUCCCAACAAUAGGUUUUAAUGUAGAAACAGUUGAGUACAAGAACAUUAGCUUCACUGUUUGGGACGUAGGUGGUCAGGACAAGAUCAGACCUUUAUGGAGGCACUACUUCCAAAAUACACAAGGACUCAUCUUUGUCGUAGAUAGUAACGAUAGAGAGAGAGCUACCGAAGCAAAGGAAGAACUCGCUCGUAUGCUAAACGAAGACGAGCUUAGAGACGCAUGUCUUCUUGUUUUUGCCAACAAACAAGAUUUGCCAAAUGCGAUGAAUGCUGCCGAAGUUACAGAUAAGCUAGGCCUUCACUCUCUCCGUCAGAGAAACUGGUACAUUCAAGCAACAUGUGCAACGAGUGGAGACGGUCUCUAUGAAGGCUUAGAUUGGCUCACAAACGAGUUGAAAAACAUAAAGAAUUAAUACGAGAACACGACUAUAGAGCUACAAUGUCUAGAGAGCUUUCAAUGCAUUAUUAAUAAUGGAUGUUCUAAUAAUUAUUAAUAUUAAUAAGUAAUAAUAAUAAUAAUAAUAGCUUAAUAUUGGCUUCAAGAUAUCAUUUUUGUUCUUUUUGUACACUUUGAUUUUGUUGUGCUAAUAAUUAUUGUUAAAAUAAAA